CCGCCAUGUUACGUGGUACAUGUUGAGUGGCAUCGCAUCAAAGUGCCUUCGUUCCAACGAGCGUCCGAUCCAUCCAUCCAUCAACAAUCCAUCCAUCCAUCAGCCCACUCUCACUCUCUCAAGCUAGCUGUACAACCAGGCGUCCCCUCCCCCAGUCAGUCAGCGUUGUGCCGGCUGCGUGGCGAUGCGCUCCGCUGCGGCAUCAGGGGAGGGGGAGGGAUGGGGAUGGCGAUCGGGGUGGGGGCCGGCUGGGUGUUCAUGGGGAGGGUGCUGGUGGUGGUGGUGGCUGCUGGGGCAGAGGCAGGGGCGUGGGGAUACGUCCCAGCUGGCCGGACUCGUUGAUACCACAAGGCCCAUUGAGAUCGAUAGUCCCGAUGGCCUCCAGGUGCCGCAGUGGCCCCGGCUGCCCGGGAUCCGGCGUAGGCAUCCGCUCAAACACAUCCUCCACCCACCAUUCAGCCCGCAAACACCAGUCGAUGCGCCGCACAGAAUGGGAAGAAUCGAUGAGCUGUCCGAGCUUUGCGGCACCAUACCCCAUGCUGACGUCCUCUUCAAGCGUCACCUCCUCCAGCGACGGCAUCAACCACCCUCGGCCACCGAGAUCGAAAUGGAACUCAGACAGGCCCUUGAUAGCUGUGAGUGCGGAGAGGGUCGGGGGAGGGUCGACAAGCGGCGGACGAGCCGGAUGUUCCCGUCCGAAGGUCCCAGACUCAUUGCUACGCCAGCCGUGUUUCUCAAUUGUGAUGGUCCUCAACGUUCCUCCAUCCAUGUUGGCAGCCCGCCGCCCGGCGACGUGGCUCUCUACUACGGUAAGGAAAACGUCAAAGCACCAGAGAGGAAUGGCCGAGGGAUGGCAGAAAGUGAUGCUGAUCAGCUGCGUGAGGGAUGUUGCUAUCUGCUGUACGAGGGCGAGAGGGAUUCGUUGCCAAAGCGAGCGCUCUCCCCUCAGCCGUGCGCUGAUAGACAAGUGAUGGUAAUUGGGGGCCGCCAGGACCCAAGUUUCUCGCGACAGCCACAGCAGUAGAUGGAGUGGGAGGAAGGCCAUAAUGCGGCCAAGGAGUCCAGGCUGCAAAUGUACAGACAGCGACACGCCGGCUUGUCCGUCCCAUCCCAACACCUGUGAUUUGCCACUGUUUUGCUUACCUCAUCGCUGAUUUGCCGUCGAAGGUCCCGCUCCCUUUCCUCGCGUCGCUGCCGUUCCUCCUCACUCUCACCACCCGAUGGCGCAGCUGUGCCAGGAGCGGCGCGGCGCCUUCUUUUGGUCUGAAACAGAAACACAACAGACACACUCACCGAUGUCAAAAACUUCGACAGCGAUGCCUUGACUCACCCGGCGAGAAGCGCUGCGGGCGGACGACAUUGGAUGAGUGACACAUGGUGGUGUGUCCAUCUGAUUGGCUGUGUGUUGCGUUUGAUGGAGAGUUGCCGGCCGG